AUGUGUGAAAUACAUCUUUUGUCUGACUUUAACACUCUGCUCAUCAGCUUCACCAGCUCCCCUCUCCGCGGCUCAGCCCAGCUGCAGCGAGCCGCCCAGCCUGGCCUCCGACGCCCGCCUGCAGCCCAGGGAGCCGUCGCCACCCGGGGCGUGCGCCCAGCAGCCGGCAUGUCCGACAACAAGAAGCAGAGGAUGAAUCUUCAUAGAUCUACCAAUGUGGUGUAUCAAGCCCAUCAUGUUAGUAGGAGCAAGAGAGGACAAGUUGUGGGAACAAGAGGUGGAUUUAGAGGCUGUACGGUAUGGCUAACAGGUCUUUCUGGUGCUGGUAAGACGACCAUUGGGUUUGCGUUGGAGGAGUACCUGGUGUCUCACGGCAUCCCUUGCUACUCCCUUGAUGGGGAUAACAUCCGUCACGGCCUGAACAAAAAUCUUGGUUUCUCAGCUGAUGAUCGAGAAGAGAACAUCCGCCGUAUUGCCGAAGUUGCCAGACUGUUUGCAGAUGCCGGCCUAGUUUGCAUCACCAGUUUCAUUUCUCCUUUCGCAAAGGACCGUGAGAAUGCUCGGAAGAUCCACGAGACAGCUGGGCUCCCUUUCUUUGAGGUCUUUGUGGAUGCUCCUCUAAACAUCUGUGAAAGCAGAGAUGUGAAAGGCCUUUACAAAAAAGCACGAGCUGGAGAAAUCAAAGGAUUCACUGGAAUUGAUUCAGAGUAUGAAAAACCCGAGAUGUCAGAAAUUGUACUGAAAACCAACGUAUCUUCAGUAUCGGACUGCAUUCAGCAGAUUGUGGAGCUCUUGCAGGAACAGAACAUUGUUCCUCCUUCUGCUAUCAAAGAUGUUCUUGAGCUGUUUGUCCCAGAAAAUAAGGUGGAACAAGCAUGGGCUGAAGCCAAUACUUUGCCUUCUUUAAAGAUUACCAAGCUGGAUCUGCAGUGGGUUCAAGUCCUGAGUGAAGGCUGGGCCACCCCAUUGAAAGGGUUUAUGCGUGAGAAGGAAUACUUGCAAGUUCUGCAUUUUGGCACCUUGCUGGAUGAUGGCGUUAUUAACUUGAGCAUUCCCAUUGUGCUUCCGGUGUCUUCCGAGGAUAAGAAGCGUCUGGAAGGUUGCAGUGCCUUUACGCUGGAGUACAAUGGGCGGAGGGUGGCCAUACUAAAAAACCCUGAGUUUUUUGAGCACAGGAAGGAAGAACGCUGUGCUCGUGUCUGGGGGACCACAUGUGCUAAGCACCCACAUGUAAAAAUGGUUAUGGAAAGUGGAGAUUGGUUGGCUGGCGGAGAUCUGUUGGUGCUAGAGAGAAUCAAGUGGAAUGAUGGGUUGGACCAAUACCGCUUGACACCCUUGGAGCUGAGACAGAAGUUUAAGGAAAUGAAUGCAGAUGCAGUGUUUGCUUUCCAGCUGCGUAAUCCAGUGCACAAUGGACAUGCACUGCUGAUGCAGGAUACCAAACGCCGCCUGCUCGAAAGGGGUUACAAGCAUCCGGUACUGCUUCUGCAUCCCCUCGGUGGAUGGACCAAGGAUGACGAUGUGCCACUUGAGUGGCGCAUGAAGCAGCAUGCUGCUGUGCUGGAGGAGCACAUCCUGGAUCCAAAGUCAACUGUUGUAGCAAUCUUCCCUUCUCCUAUGUUGUAUGCUGGACCAACGGAGGUGCAGUGGCACUGCAGGGCUCGGAUGAUUGCUGGAGCCAAUUUCUACAUCGUGGGGCGAGAUCCAGCAGGAAUGCCCCACCCUGAAACCAAGAAAGAUCUGUACGAACCUACGCAAGGUGGAAAGGUGCUUAGCAUGGCUCCGGGACUCACCUCUGUGGAAAUCAUUCCCUUCCGAGUAGCUGCGUACAACAAAGUACAAAAGGCAAUGGUUUUCUAUGAUCCAGACAGGCACAAUGAAUUUGACUUCAUUUCUGGCACGCGCAUGAGGAAGCUGGCUCGUGAAGGUGAAAAUCCCCCAGAUGGCUUCAUGGCGCCGAAAGCUUGGAAAGUGUUGACAGAAUACUACACAUCCCUGGAAAAAAAUAAUUAAUUCUG